UGGGUUCGAUAAACCAAAUGGCUGAUCGCGGUAAACAUGAACAAGAGAGAAAAAGUGUCAGUUGAAAUACUUGAUUUCAUAUCUCCUGAUGCGAACAGGAAGAGUCUCUUUAUCACAGGUAUUCCAUACAUGACAGAGGAAGAAUUGAUAGAACUCCUACAUUCAUCAUUUUCAAAGUACGGCCUGCUGUACGGAACCCAAGUAUUCCCCUACACACCUCGGCUGCAGCCACCCUCCCCAACCCUAAAGGAUGGGCAGGGUGCCAGUAAUCAGACUGGAUACUAUGCUUUUGUUAACUUCUACCUAGCUAUGUCUGCAAGGCGGGCAAAAGAUGACCUGAAUGGAAAGGUUAAUAUCAAAGGCACGGAAUGCAAGAUAACUUUUGCAAAGAGGAAAAAGGAAGCAACUGAGAAGAAAACUCUCCACUUCAGUAAAUGUCAAGAGGUCGCAAAUAACUUCCUGGGCUUCAAUGGCUGGUCUGUCUCUCUCAAAUGUACUGACAGUGAAACUAAUGCCACAGAGGAACACACCUACAAAGUGAGAGAGGUGUGUGUGGUCAGACUGGACCUGAAGACCGAUGGUCUACACGCAGAGGGGCUAGGGGCUUGGGAGGAAAUCUACUGCACCAAGGAUCCCACCAGUAGAGGAAAGGCUGUAUGUAAAUGUAAGAAGUUAGCGUAUCAGCGUGCUGUAGAGAACGCCUUCUCCAAAGUCAUCAUAGUGGUGUUAUCCAAUGGGAAGGUAGCCGUAGAAGUGGACACCACUCAGCCCGAGCUCUUACUGACAGAGAAGGUGCUGGAUGAUGAGAAUGUACUAAAGAUAAAUGAAAUUGAUACAGACACGCUGAUGUUUGAAGAUGAUGAUGUUACCCUGAGUGAAGUCCCUGAGGAAGACAUAGAUGCUGCAAAUCUCCACAUACUGCACGAAGGAGGAAGUCGAAAUUCCGUCGUUUUAACCAAAUAUGGCGAACGUCCGCUUAUCGACGUGCCGCCAUUGUCUCUAUCAAAAAGCAGAGCCGAUGAUGAUGUCCCUAGACACAUGUUUAAAAUUCCCGGGAAAAGAGAGACAAAUGUGUAUCAUCAACCGCCGCGGUCGCCACAAGUCUCGCUCACGGCACCACAGCCUCAGCAGCGGCGGUAUCAGGAACCGCUGAUGGAUCUACCCACCACCCAGUAUCCUCGACCGAGUCACAGUCAAAACAGAAACUUUUAUCAACCGCAAUAUCCGGUGCAGGUUAGAGCGCAACCCCCGCCGCCGCCACCACCGCCGCAACCGCAAAUUCAACAACGAGGGUAUUCUAAUUUAGCACCCGAUUCAAACUUGGUUCCGUAUAAUUACUCUCAUUAUCGACCACAGCCGCAACUUGUGCAACCUGUGCCACAAUACAGCACAACCUACGCCCCCGCACCGACUCAGCAACCAGUGCCUAAUGGAACCCAGUCAAACGAAGUGCAUGUGUAUUAUGGUCCUAAUGGUGAAAGACUAUCGGGGCCUCUCCCUGCUCCUAACUACCCUACGGACUUUACUUUGGAAGGGACUUUAGAAUACGGGAAAUUAGUAUCGGUGAAAGUUCGGAACUCGAAUAUCUCGUACCGAGAAAUACCGGACUUCGUUUUUCGAGAUUUGGUAAGGAUGUACGGAACGAUGGAGAGAACAGAUGUGAAGAUUGUGGCACAAGGAGGGGAGUACAACAUAUACGCCUCACCCAGCACGUCCGAUGGACAUAUCGCCAACAACCCAGGGUACAUCUAUGACCAGCAGCCAUUAAGGCAUGUUCCCGUCCCGGCCCAUAGUCAUCAUAGUCACCAGCCGCAGGUUUACGACCACGAGGGGCAGGGGAUCUACGAUCCGUUCACCAAGAUCUACAGGUACGGACCAGAAACUCGUAGGGUAAGGCGGAAGCGCUAUCCCCCUGUCUCCAAGAGAGGCAGCAGUUUAUCUGACGUCGAGGAAGAUUAUUUUGAGGAUAGUGAACUGUUUACUAGAGAUACGCGUCGUUGAAUUUUUUAUGGUUUCUAUAUUUUCAAUUUUAAAAGUUAUUUGGAAACCAAUACUGUUAUAAAGCGCACUUUGAUUGGGGUUUGGCAUGAAGAGUUUGUAAACAGAUCUGGACAGGGUAAAUGGCGCAUGUAUUGCUUAUUUUUUUGUGACGGGGAUUGCCCUCCAAAAAUCCAUACAUUCUAAAAGAGUAAGAAACCAAAACAAAACUUAAACUAAUAGAAAGAAAGAUAAACUUAAUCAUGUCAAAUAUUCAUAAUACGUACAAUUUAUUUGUUCAUGUUACAUACGAGACCGUUUGGACUGCAUGAAUUAUUUAUAUUUUCGCUUAAUUCUCUUGGAGAAAAAGCCCAGAUGAAAUAUUUAGAAAAAAUGAGAACCUUGCUUUAAAAGAAAUUUUAAGUUUGUAGCCAACUUGAUUUCACUGAAUAAUGUAUUCAGUAAUUU